AAGGGCCGAGUUGAACAGAGAUCAUUUUCUUUCGGUAACAGAGUCCAUCAGGGUGACUAUAAAUGAAAAAAAAAAGGAGUCAGGGGAAGAGUGAAUUUGGGUGAAAAAGAUGUAUAUUAUGGCUAGAGAGCCUUUCUCCUCUUAAGAAAAAGAAGAAUCUUCCUAUUUUCGGUGUCCGUUAAUGAAAAGUAAGUUCAUAUGCCUGGUUGGUAAAUUACUAUACUGUUGCUAAUUGAAAAUAUUCUAAUUGAAAUGACCACUGGAAAGUAGCCUUCAUAUAAUAUAUAGAAUUCCCAUGGUUAUUUAUUUAUUAGGCCUUCUCUAAGGUUGAGCUAAUCAGAAAACAGGAAUGCUGGACUCGGGCUCCAGAGGGCUUUGUGUACCUUGCCUUCGAGAGAGUUCCCUGGGAGGAGAGGAAGAACUACCUGGAUUGCUGAGCUCUUCUAAAACUAUUUGUUUUUGUCAAUAUUUCAGAAAUCAAGAGCUGAACUCAUCACUUCCCAGGAUAUGCUGGGCCCAGAGCAACUUUGGCAUAGAACAAGAGAGGGAAAACGUGAAAGGAAAAUCCAGGGAAACUCCUGGUCUAUUACACAGCAAUUAAGCACUCAUUUGUGCUUAGUACAUCAGCUGUGCAGACAGGAGUGCUGUGCUUGGCCAUUUUUGUUCUUUCAGAGCCGGGGAUUGCUAUCUUGUUUGCAAAGUGCUACCAUUGCUGGAUAGCAUUUUAAUAUUGGUUGUUAAGUGUCAUAAGUUAUUAUGUGUCUGUGUAAACCUGAGCAUUGUGGCACUGUUCUGGGUUUUUUUUUUUUUAAAUGAAGUGACCCACAAUAUUUUAGAUCUGCUCAAUAGUCAAAGGUAAUUUGAACUUUGUACCGCUCUAAAUAGCAAAGGAACACUUAGGCAAACACUAGUCAUGAUAUAAAUGUUUGGGGGAUGUGUGCUGAGUAUGUAUUUUAUUUUGGACUCUCUUACUAAGGGUUAGGAAGCAAAUGGUCCUCACUCCGGUAGAGUGUGCAUUGAAGCACAGAGGGUAAGGAUUCAGCAAAUAAUCAGGUGAAUACAUCUGUUAGACAGAUGUUACAAGAAAAAAUGGAGAGAAUAAUGUGCUGGAAAGUGAUUGGUGAUGAGUGAAGAUGUAUGGAUGAAGAGACACCCCCAGGAUCUCAGGCAGAGUGGUUCCAGGCAGAGAAAACUUUUACCUGGUAAGUUCAGGAAACAAGGUGAGGGCUGGCACUUCUGUAGAUGCUGUAUUAUUAGGAAGAAAGGACAGACAGCCUUUCCCAAUCCAAUCAUGGAAUCCUUAUCAAUUUCAUAAAUAGAGUAGCUGUAUGGAUAUGUUACUAUAUAGAUAAUCAUAUGUGAUAUAUGGAUAUUUAUAUCUAUAUCUAUCAAUGUAUCCCAUCCCAUUUGGCAAUAUGCCAAAGUAUGUAUUAUUAUUUCUUUCUGUAUCUCUCUCUCUCUCUCUCUCUCUCUCUCUCUCUCUCUCUCUGUGUGUGUGUGUGUGUGUGUGUGUGUGUCUUAACACUCAUUUAUUUUUCUGAGACAGUGUUUAAUGGAGACCAGGCUGAUUCCAACCAAACUGUGUAGCCAAGGCUGGCCUUGCACUCCUGAUCCUCCUGCCUCCACUUCCUAAGUACUGGAAUUAUUGACCCACAUCCUCAUCUCUGGUUUAUUUGUGUUCUAAUUUUUAAAAAUUCUCUCUGUUAGUCCCCCUACUUAGAGUUCUUUCCCCCUGCCACUCAGAAGGUAUUCCCUCACCCCUAGACACCCCCCCUCCCUUGGGGCAUCAAGUUUCUACAGGAUUAGAUGAAUCCUCUCCCACUGAGGUCAGACAAGUCAGUCCUCUGCUACAUCUGUGCCAGGGGCCUCUGACCAGCCCUUGCAUGCUCUUUGGUUGAUGGCUCAGUCUCUGGGAGCUUCCAGGGGCCCAGGUUAGUUGAUAGUGUUGGUCUCAGAAGAGGGCUUGGGUCUUAGAGACCAGAUCUACCUAAGCAAGAUGUGACAGAGUUUGAAUCGGAGUCCCAGGCUUUCAGACUCUCCAGUUUACCCCAACUAUAGAGGAGCAGGCUUAAAGCCAGGUGCUUGGAGUGACUUCAGUGCUGAGUCAUGGCUUCUAGGCUGGUUUGCAUAGGAUAACUGUCUGAACACGUUUUGUGACUUCUGAUGGAGUAUUAGUAGCAACAGCAAGCACGAGACGACGGUGACAGUGAACCUGUCCAUCGUCGUGGGUUUCUACAGCCUUUAAAGUGCUUAACUCAGUGUUCAGUUCCUUACCUGUAGCUCAGAGAAGCCACAUUAUAGCAGGAGGUAAUUUAGGCUCUUCAGGGUUGGGAAGGCACAGGGUAAGAGCUGGAACGUGGCUCUUCUGGUUCUAAUCCAAGUCUCUCUCCUUAAACCACAGAACUCCUGUUUGAAGGAGGGGAUAUUUAUAUAUUGCUAAUGAGUCUGUCGUCCUUCGGACUUCCAGGAAAAAGGCUUGUCCAUUCUUCAAGUGCUUUUGACUGUAAGAAGCAUAAAAUGUAGCCAUUCAUUCAUCAUGCACGAUUAUGCACCAGAUACUUGGAACAUCCAAGGACCUCGAUAAAUUGCUUAGAGGGCACUAAUUUAGUGUAAUGUAUUUGUUAUCUGUACUUGUAACCCAAGACUAAACAACACAUUAUGGACAAACAGAUGGGAUUAAAUCACAUUGGGCAAUUUGGUGCCUUGACCAAAAGGAUGAUAGUGAACUGGGCCUUGAGGAUGAGUAGCGGAGUGUUUCCAAAGAGAGAAGUAAGGAUGGCUAUUCUGGGAGAGCAAAGUACCACAACUGAGGCAGGAGUGUCCAUGGGAACAGUAAAUAAUGAUGUGUAAGGGAAGUAUGCAAUAUGGGGGAUGUAACAGUGGAAAUGGGUGCUGGAAGUGUAAACUGAGGCCAGAUUGCAGGGGUGCCUCAAUCCCAAGUUUAACAGCUACUGUAUCUGGUCUGGCCAACAGGAGAAUGAAUGCUAAUGACAAUAGGGAGGUGUUUUAGUCAGGGUUUCUAUUCCUGCACAAGCAUCAUGACCAAGAAGCAAGUUGGGGAGGAAAGGGUUUAUUCAGCUUACACUUCUACAUUGCUGUUCAUCACCAAAGGAAGUCAGGACUGGAACUCAAGCAGGAGCUGAUGCAGAGGCCAUGGAGGGAAGUUACUUACUGGCUUGCUUCCCCUGGCUUGCUCAGCUUGCUCUUAUAGAACCCAAGACCACCAGCCCAGGGACGGCACCACCCACAAUGGGCUGGGUCCUCCCACCUUGAUCACUUGUUGAGAAAAUGCCUUAUAUCUGGGUCUCAUGAAGGCAUUUCCUCAACAGAGGUUCCUUUUCUGUGAUAACUCCAGCUUGUGUCAAGUUCACACAGAAACUAGCCAGUACAGGAGGUUAGCUUAGAACAGGCCAUUUUAACAAUUAACAGAGAGGAUGAUGCCCUAAAUGGGUUGUUGAUGUUGGGGCUUAAGGACUGAUUGUGAUGUAGAUACUUCAGUAAGAGUUGAGAUGUACACGCUCCUUUUUCUGACAUGCAUGUCUAUGUUUACACACACACACACACAGACACACACACACACACACACACACACACUCCUUAUAUUGGCUUCAGUUGACUCUGCCUAACUCUCUGUCACUUUUUGGGUCAGACAUGGAUUUACUUUGCUGCCUUCCAAAACAGGAGGAAAAGUGAGCAGGGUGAGAUCUUCAUGAAUUUUUUUUUUCUGUAUGGUUUGAUCUCUGAUAAUCCCAGGGGAUUCUUCUGCCUUGAGGAAUGCUGAAAGCAAACAUUUUUCAAGACUUGGACAGUCUGGUUAUAGUUGGGAGCCUCAAAUACCUCUUACGUGUUCAGAAUUGGUGUUGACUGUCUGAAAGCCUGCCUACUAAGCGCUUUGGGAAAUCACCUUCAGCCAGGCAGUGACCCUUAGUAGGCCAACAUCUUCCCUCUGCAUUCCAGAUAUCCCACAGAAAGAAGGACAAUUUAGAUAUGAGAAGUGGGACUUUAAAGUAGAAUACCACACUUUUUCUGGAAUGUUCUUUAAUUUGUCUAGUGGUUGAAGAUGACUUAGUUUGGCUUAAUAUGAAAAUGUAGGUUCCAAAUUUAUUGAGGAAAAUGAAUCAGUAAAUAUACAUUGUUUUCUCUUUAAAUUAUGAGCGUGACUUGUUUCUGUUGCACAAAAGGGUUUACAUCUAAUCUCUGAAGUUAAAUGAGCUUCUCUGCCUUACUUAUGCUUUCUCAGUCCUGCUUCCCUCACUGGGGUGACAGUAUGGGGACAGAUCCCCUUUGUAGCCACACAGAUUGAGUCAGAAAACAUUCCUGAAGGCUUUGUGUACACUUCAGUAUAUUUCCAUGAAAAGGAGAAGGUUUUUGAGGCCAAUCUAAUUGGCCACAUUCUGGAUCUACCACAUAGGCAAUCUCCUUUCACCAUCCCUGUGUGCACAUACUCACAUUUCAGCAGCACACAUAUCAGGCAUGGCAGACAGUGCCACUAGUGUUAAGCCCAGGACAAAAAAACGGAUUAGCAAAUGGCUAGUAGCUUUAGACAGAAGGUUACCUUAUGUAAAUUAUAACAGCUAUCAAAACCAUCAGACGAGAAAAGAUGAUUAAGAUUCUCCGAUUCUCAUGUCUCUCUCAAUAGGUCUUGGUGUUAAAAGGUGGAAUUAGGGGACUAGGGCUCAGUGGAUAAAAGCAUUUGCCAUUCAGGCAUGGGACCCGAGUUUGAAUUCCCAUGUAAAACUGGAUAUUUAACAUGAAUAUAUUUAGCUCCAGUGCUUAUAAAGGGAGACAGGAGAGUCUCUGAGAGCUAUCAGACCAACUAGCCUGGUAAACAGUAGAAAACAAACCCAGAAAAAUCAGAGAAUAAAUGUAGACAUCCAGGGCCAUAUCUGAGUGCACUAGCAAGGGUUCUCUAGAGUCAUAGAAUUUAUGGAAUGUCUCUAUAUAUUAAGGGAAAUUAUUGGAAUGACUUAUAGUCUGCAGUCCAGCUAACGUAACAAUGGGAAGUCCAAGAAUCUAGAGGUUGCUCAGUCCCACGAGGCCAGGUGUUUCAGCUGCUCUUCUCUAUAAGCUAGAAUCCUGAAGAAGUGGGUUCCAACAGAUGUGCUGACAACUGCAAGCAAGCAGAGAAAAAGGAAUCCUUCCUUCUUCCCUUGUCCUUAUGUAGGCCUCCAGCAGAAGGUAUGACCCGUAUUAAAGAUGUAACCGCCACACCUGGACCUAAGCUCUUCAUUACUUGGAACCUGCUCUGUUCCAGGCUGGCUUUGAACUCAGAGACCUGCUUGGCCCUGUCUCCUGGGAUUCAAAGCGUUGUACCACCUUGUCUUAGCUUUUCAUGGCCACAAUCCCUCAAGGUCUGGAAAAAGUGAUCUUUUUUUUUUUUUUUUCUUUUUAAACAAAUGGCUGGCAUAGGUACAAAAGUCAACUCAUAGAUAUAAAGUUCAGCCUACCUAGAGGUCUUUUAAAAGAAGGCAUUCAAUAGAGCCCUUUUCGAAAUUUAGCAAGAUUCUUCUUGGCCAAUCAAAUGGCCAUCUAACAGAUACUUUUUUGUUGAACCUAUGACGUGUUAGGUGCUUUUGAGUAAGGUAAGGUGUGAUACCCCCUGUUUAACUGAUUUUUGGGUUUGUGUGGUACAAAAUUAAAUGUCGUUUGUUGCUGUCUGAAGUUCUAUUAUCAUUUGAGAGAGAGAGAGAGAGAGAGAAAUAGAGAAAUAGAGAAAUGAUCAAACUUUAAAAAUUAAUUACAUUUGAGUGACUAGAAUACCAUUUUCAUUGACCUAAUUGCCAUAUAGAUUGUACACUUAAUCUACCGGGCAAUUUGUAUUUCUGCAGAAUUAUCCCUUUUCAUGCUUCAUUAUCCUCCGAUAGAGUCAAGGUAUUGAAUCUGUUUCAUAAACAGUAUUAAUCUCAAUUACUCAGGAGCUUUAAAUAAUACCCUCUUUAAACACGUUAUUUGGCACGCUGACCAUGUUUUUUGUCACAGAGAACAUCAAAGAUUAGGUUUAAAAAGUGGGCCAGAGAGGUGGUCCUCGGUACCAAGUCUGACAACUGGAGUUCAAUCCCUGAGACCGGCGAGGUGGAAGGAAAGAACUGCCUGUCACGAGCUGUCCUCCAUACACUUACACUCGGGAUGUAUGUACCACAGGUACACAAAGUAAUUAAAUAUAAUAGUUUGUUUGUGCACUGACGCUUUGCAGAUAGCUUUGGCUGUAGAAGAUGCCCUAUGACAGCAAUAGAGCCUAAAGGUCAGCCUCAUAGCUUGACUCACCCGAAACACAAUUUGAAAGUGUGGUUUCUGCCUAGGCCAAGAUAACCGUGUCCCCAGAGGCGAUUUAGGUUUGCUGGUGGGGCCGGACGUUACCUGAAGGCAGGGAGCCUCUCUGUGCCCUUUACACAGAGUCCCUGGUCUUUCUAUAUUUGCCAGUUUGAGUUGGGCUGAGCUGAGGUAGAAAGCAGAAGCUGAGUGUAUCAGAGUUCACUUCUGUAAUGUGCACACCACUACUCUGGUAAGCGUCCUCUGCCUCCUCGUUUAAGAAACUUCAUCUUGGAAGGAGGAGCUAUGAGGGGCUAGUGGACUGGGAGGAGGAGGGGCUGAUAUUGGGAUGUAAAGUGAACAAAUUAAUUAAUUAAGAGAAAAACUUAAUUUUAUUAGACUUGUCUUUGGUGUGGAACAUUUUAUGGACUCCUGCUGUGAUUCUCUCUGAAGCCUGGCUAACUGUUUGGAGUGUAGCCCCCCCCCGCCUUACAUAAAAAAUGAAUUAAUUAAUUAACAUCUCAAAUGCUGCCUCCCCUCCCAACCCCCCCUCCCCGGCAGAGUCCCUCUCCUUAAGCGGUAGUCUAUGUCAGCCUGCAGUUUGCCCAUGGCUGGAAGGCAUCACAGAACGUCCAUGGAAUUUUCAACCUCUAAGAGAAAAGAGAACUAUAAUUAGAAACUCAGCAUCACAUAAAGACACCAAGGGUCAGUAUCCUCUUACUCCUGACGGGAGAAAGGAAUUGGUUCUUCUACUAAGAAAGUAACCUUAAACAUUCUUCCAAAGUUAAAAAAAAUCUGGAAGUCUCACUAUGACCUCUCUUAGUGUUUAGCCUCAGAAACCACUUUCUGGUCCAAUUUAAUCAUCACAGGCAAACACGGUUUAAUAUGAAUGCCACCGAAUGGUUUUAGAAAAAGAGAAAUACUAAAAGUGUAGAAUUAUUUUUCAUUAACCAUGGAGGCCUGGGUUCCUUUCUGUUGGCGUAAACUGUGGUAUGUCACUUUAGUGAUUAUAGAUUAUUAAUCUCUGUUCACCAAGAGUAAGCAUGUCCUGUCUUAAAUCGUGGGUGAUUUAAGAGUCGUCAAAGAGAAACACAAACCGUCCUUAGGAACUCACAUUGAACAACAUCUCUAUAAAACACCACCCAGAAACUCAAUGAAGAAAGAGGGAGGGUCAAAUUCCCGAAGAGACCUUUAACUCUUUUCUGUCUAAAUUUCUCCCAUGAUGUGAAAAGCCCUAUUCCUGACAAUCUCAACCUGCACUUCUGUCAUAGACAGGCACAGGUCCACAGUGCCAUUUUCGAACUGGUGGUGACCUUGUGGAGGGUCCUGUCAGAGCUGUCUGAUGUGAGAGGAGUCACUAGCCACCACUCACAUUCCCUCUGGCUUCCUGCAGAGAGAGGGUGGAAAACUGCCUUGGGAACUUGCUGAGUGGCCCAUGGAACUAUGGGGCUUUGGGAAUUAACAAACAGCAAACAAAUAUUAAGAGACCGGGAGUAAGCAAGCUGCCAAUCCUGCCAAACUUCUGUUGCUGGCAGGGAGCUGUCCUGCAGCUCCCUGGUCCGCCUGUCAUCUGCACUCUCUUGUCACACUGACAACAGCCCCCUGGUUAGGCUGAUUGGUUGCUGGCAAUAACUGAUAUGGAAUACUGAUGUGCUUACCGGCAGUUCCUUCCACUCCAAAGAGGCUCCUUCCCUAACCCAAACCUCGCUUUCCGAAGCCUAGCCUGCUGCCCCCGCCCCCCACCCCAUGCCGCCCCUGCACCGGCGGGGAGGACCAGUCCUAGGAGCGAUGCUCUGAGAUUGUGGUGAAAUUGGUCCCCGGCUGGCUGCUUUCACUCCGGCUCGGCUCCCUUGCUCUCCGGGGAGAGUCCUGUUCCAGACUUCUCGGGGUUUUACAGCACAGACAACUGCAUGCGGGCUGGAGGGGAGGCUGAAAGGACUUGUGUGUGGAGGGCUUGUUGCCUCCCAUCACUUUGCCAAGGUUCGCUGUGAAUUUCCUUCUACCACAGACACCGGAGGAAGGAUCUCUUCUUCUGUUGACUCUUUCUAUUUUUAUGGUUUAAGUUUAUCUAUUCAUGGGGCUGAAAAGCGCUUGCAAAUCCAUCAACGGCGAAGUGUGGCAAGCCGCCCAGGGUCACGACGUCGCCUGCCUGUGGUCAGGCAUUCCUCACUCCCACCAGGCAGACGGUCAAUAAAAAUGGAGGCCAGCUCUUCUGGAAUCACUAAUGGAAAAAACAAAGUUUUCCAUGCAGAAGGUGGAGUGGAUUUGCAAAACCAUCAGCUGGAUAUGCAAACACUGUCCGACGGCCCAAAGAGCGAUGUGGACUUUUCAGAGAUUCUUAAUGCAAUACAAGAAAUGGCCAAGGAUGUCAACAUUUUUUUUGAUGAACUAGAGGCUGUCAACAGCCCGUGCAAAGACGAUGAUUCUCUCCUUCACCCUGGAAAUCUGACCAGUACGUCGGAGGACACCAGCAGACUGGAAGCAGGGGGAGAGAAAGUGCGAGAACGAAACAAAUCAAAUGGACUUUACUUUAGAGACGGAAAAUGUCGAAUUGACUACAUCCUUGUGUACAGAAAAUCCAACCCUCAGACUGAAAAGAGAGAAGUGUUUGAAAGAAAUAUUAGAGCAGAAGGAUUACAGAUGGAGAAAGAGUCCUCUCUAAUAAAUAGUGACAUUAUCUUUGUGAAGUUGCAUGCCCCAUGGGAAGUCCUUGGAAGAUAUGCAGAGCAAAUGAAUGUACGGAUGCCUUUCAGGAUCGAUAAACAAAUAAGCAGGUUCCGGAGAUGGUUACCUAAGAAGCCAAUGAGGCUGGACAAGGAGACACUGCCAGACCUGGAAGAGAAUGACUGCUACACUGCCCCUUUCAGCCAGCAAAGGAUUCAUCACUUCAUCAUACACAACAAAGACACUUUCUUCAACAACGCCACCAGAAGCAGAAUCGUGCAUCAUAUUUUACAAAGGAUAAAGUACGAGGAAGGAAAAAACAAAAUCGGUCUGAACCGCUUGCUUACCAAUGGCUCCUAUGAAGCUGCUUUUCCCCUGCAUGAGGGAAGUUAUAGAAGUAAAAACUCCAUUAAAACCCAUGGAGCUGUAAACCACCGGCAUCUACUGUAUGAGUGCUGGGCCUCCUGGAGUGUGUGGUACAAGUACCAGCCUUUGGAUCUUGUAAGGCGGUAUUUUGGAGAGAAGAUUGGACUGUAUUUUGCCUGGCUGGGAUGGUACACAGGCAUGCUCUUCCCGGCAGCCUUCAUUGGCUUGUUUGUCUUCUUGUAUGGAGUCACCACUCUGGAUCACUGCCAAGUCAGUAAAGAAGUCUGCCAAGCAACAGAUAUCAUCAUGUGUCCUGUGUGUGACAAGUACUGUCCAUUCAUGAGGCUAUCAGACAGCUGCGUCUAUGCCAAGGUGACCCACCUUUUUGACAACGGGGCUACUGUGUUCUUUGCUGUGUUCAUGGCAGUCUGGGCCACUGUUUUCCUGGAGUUCUGGAAGAGACGCCGAGCGGUGAUCGCUUAUGACUGGGAUCUGAUUGACUGGGAAGAAGAGGAGGAAGAAAUACGGCCCCAGUUUGAAGCCAAGUAUUCCAAGAAAGAGCGGAUGAAUCCCAUUUCGGGAAAGCCAGAACCUUAUCAGGCAUUUACUGAUAAAUGCAGCAGACUUAUCGUUUCUGCAUCGGGAAUAUUCUUCAUGAUCUGUGUGGUGAUCGCGGCCGUGUUCGGGAUCGUCAUUUACCGGGUGGUGACCGUGAGCACUUUCGCCGCCUUUAAGUGGGCGUUAAUCAGGAACAACUCUCAGGUCGCGACCACAGGGACUGCAGUGUGCAUCAACUUCUGUAUCAUUAUGCUGCUGAACGUGCUCUAUGAAAAAGUCGCACUCCUUCUGACAAAUCUGGAACAGCCUCGCACAGAAUCCGAGUGGGAGAACAGCUUUACCUUGAAAAUGUUCCUUUUUCAGUUCGUCAAUCUGAACAGCUCUACUUUUUACAUCGCAUUCUUCCUUGGAAGAUUUACAGGACACCCAGGUGCCUACUUGAGAUUGAUAAACAGGUGGAGGCUAGAAGAGUGCCACCCUAGUGGAUGCCUUAUUGAUCUCUGCAUGCAAAUGGGUAUUAUAAUGGUGCUAAAGCAGACCUGGAAUAAUUUCAUGGAACUUGGCUACCCGUUAAUUCAGAAUUGGUGGACUAGAAGAAAAGUCCGACAAGAACAUGGGACUGAAAGGAAAAUAAAUUUCCCACAGUGGGAAAAGGACUACAAUCUUCAGCCGAUGAAUGCCUAUGGACUCUUCGAUGAAUACCUGGAAAUGAUCCUUCAGUUCGGAUUCACAACUAUCUUUGUGGCAGCUUUUCCUCUAGCACCGCUUCUGGCCUUACUGAAUAACAUCAUUGAAAUCCGACUUGAUGCUUACAAGUUUGUGACUCAGUGGAGAAGGCCUCUGGCUUCGAGGGCCAAGGACAUAGGAAUUUGGUAUGGAAUUCUCGAAGGCAUCGGGAUUCUCUCUGUUAUUACGAACGCGUUUGUCAUAGCAAUAACAUCCGACUUCAUCCCUCGCUUAGUAUAUGCUUAUAAAUAUGGACCGUGUGCAGGCCAAGGAGAAGCUGGGCAGAAGUGCAUGGUUGGCUAUGUAAAUGCCAGCUUGUCCGUGUUCCGAAUUUCUGACUUUGAAAACCGGUCUGAGCCAGAGUCUGAUGGCAGUGAGUUCUCAGGAACUCCUCUGAAGUACUGCAGAUAUCGGGACUACCGGGACCCGCCUCAUUCUUUGGCUCCCUAUGGCUACACACUGCAGUUCUGGCAUGUCCUCGCAGCUCGGCUGGCUUUCAUCAUUGUGUUUGAGCACCUCGUGUUUUGUAUAAAGCACCUCAUUUCCUAUCUGAUACCAGACCUCCCGAAAGAUCUAAGGGACCGGAUGAGGAGAGAGAAGUACUUGAUCCAGGAGAUGAUGUAUGAGGCUGAACUGGAACGCCUCCAGAAAGAACGGAAGGAGAGGAAGAAGAAUGGAAAAGCACAUCACAAUGAGUGGCCGUGACAAGGUGACAGUUGAUUUCCAGGCGAAAGACCUGAAUCUUGUUUACUUCUUCGGGCAGUGCAAAAGCACAUUCAAGUGGAUGACGAGCAGCGCACGCGCAGUGCAUGCUGCAGACACCGCCGCGCAGCCGCAGACAGGGUGGCAGCAAGGAGCCGACUGACGGAGGUGGAGUCCCGCUGUCGUGAAAUCACGCUGCAGUUCAGCACACAAUUGCUAUCUAUCCAUAGACCAUUCUUGACCGAGCAAGCAUGCACGUUACGGGCAGUUACAUUCAUCAAGUUUUUAAAACCAAGGGGAGACUUGUAUACUGGGCCUGUUUUUUUAGCCUGUUUGCUACCUUUUUUGCAUUCUAUCCCAUGUGAAUUUUACAGAUACCGGGCUAAAAAAGGGUAUUUGGACACUUGGACACAUUCCUAGAAUGUCAUCCUGUCCUGUUCUACAUCACCAAAUGACACAGAGAAGACCCUGUUUACAACUUUUUCUUUCUUUCUUUUUUUUUUAAGUUCAGAUCUUUCUGAAGAGAUAAUUCUAUAUGACAUAUCUAUAGCUAUGUGUAUGGCCAUAGAUGUAUUUCUGUGUGUACAUAUGUAUAGACAUGUAUUCCUACAUAUGUACAUACAAAUGCAGAGGUAUAUAAAGUACAUAGGAAUUCCUUACUUGUAAAUAGCCAAAAAUAAAAAAUAAAAAUAAAAAGUACUGACACGAAUGAUGAAUUUUCACAUUUAAACAGUCACCAACAUGAAAGCCAUGUUUAAUUGCUUGUAUAAUGUGAUAUAAUAGAGUUUAAAAUAAAUUAUGCACAUGGAA